UCAAUUCCACUUGUUAGGUUAGAUUUCAUGUAUGCCUUUCCUUUUUCAAAGAGAACCUUAGAUUUGAUGCUUAAUUAAUUCCUUUGUUUAAAUAGAAACGUAUUUUAUGUAUUCUUUUUGAUCUAGCGAAUAUCACAAAAGCUUGAAGUUAGGAAGAUUUAAUUAAUUAAUUGCUGAUAUUUUUGUUUUGUUGUUGUUUACUUUGGUUUAGAUUUUUUAUGUGGAUAAGUGAUGAGAGGAGAUGGUUUUACUAAUAUUAGCCCUAUUCUAUCUAAAACUUCAAAAUUCAACAUUCGAUCUCUUCUUCUUACUAGUUAAAUUAUUCCUUUCAAUUCCGUAGGGAUUUAAAAGACCACUUAGGCAUAUAUACCAACAAUCCUAUAAAUUACACCCCCAAACACAUAAAACUCUCACCACCAGCCAAAUUAUCAAAGUCACCCAAAACACACACAAAAUACACAUCAAGAUUAGGAAAAUGAGUUCCAUACAACAACUUUCUGUGCACAGGACCAACUCCAAGGUCAUUACAGAGAAGAGAAGAUCAGUCACAAUCCCUUCGAAUAAGCUAGAGAGCAAGCCAACGAUUCAUGAUGUCGACAAAUGCGCCGAACCUUUCAUCCAAAACUUCCGGCGACAGCUUCUUCUUCAGUGCGAUAACAUCCUCCGGCCCUAGAGGAGGUCUUUGAUACAUAUAUUACUGUUACGUAAAAUAGAUGUAGCAUGUCAGAGAUAACAUGUCUUAUUUGACUUAUCUUCCUAAGCUUAGGCGAUUUCAAAUGUAUUAUGACAUUUCUUAUAAAAUCAUAAU